GCAACAUCUCCUGGUUGCAGUCAGACAGCACAGCAAGAAGCAUUUUCCCAUUCGUGUGUGAAACUGUCGUUCUGUGAGGCGGCGAUGUGGAUUUACAGGCUCGUUUUCGGACUCUUCGUCAUUUCUUGUUCUGAGGGCAAAAGAAAUGCACUCCAGGACUACGAGAAGACUGAUGGCAUACGGCUGGUGGUUGUGUCCCCCGAUUCCUCUCCCCUGACCAAGAGCAAGAAGCUGAGCAUGGCAAAGUGUGCCAAAGCCUGCAGCCGCAACAGAAGACUUCCUUUCAGCUGCAGAGCAUUCCUCUAUGAUCAUAACAACAGGAAAUGCCAGUGGCUGUCGUUUGACAGGAACUCACCAGGAGCUCAGAGCCAACAGGACUUCAACUACCAACUGUAUCAAAAGAAAGACUAUGUGAGGGAGUGCAUUGUGGGUACAGGGGAGAACUACAGGGGACGGAGGUCGGUGACAGUGAGCGGGAUCCUGUGCCAGGCCUGGGCCUCUCCUAUUCCUCAUGAACACAAAUUCAUGUCUAAAAGAUUCAGAAAGAGGGACCUCAGAGAAAACUACUGUCGCAACCCAGACAACUCCACCGUUGGACCGUGGUGCUUUACCACUGACCCACGGCCACACCUCAGACACCAGGAGUGUGGAAUACCACAGUGUUCACAGGUUGAGUGUAUGAACUGUAAUGGGGAAGAUUACAGAGGACCCAUGGACCACACAGAAAGUGGAAAGGAAUGCCAGCGCUGGGACCUGGAUGAUCCACACAAACACCUGUACCACCCCAAAAGGUACCCUGACAAGGGCCUGGAUGAUAACUAUUGUAGGAACCCAGACGGACGCCACAAACCCUGGUGCUUUACCACAGACCCAAACACACCCUGGGAGUACUGCAACAUCAAAGUUUGUGAAACGUCUCCUAAAAGUAAUGUGGUGGAAACAACCGAGUGUUACCAGGGCAGAGGAGAGGGAUACCGGGGGACAGUAGACGUGAUGCCCACUGGGCUCAUCUGCCAACGCUGGGACUCUCAGUACCCCCAUAACCACACAUUCAUACCUCAAGCCUACCCCUGCAAAGACCUGAGAGAAAACUACUGUCGGAAUCCAGAUGGCCAAGAAUCCCCGUGGUGCUUCACUACGGACCCAAGAGUCCGCACGAUGUCCUGCAACAACAUCCCGCAGUGCGGCACCCAAAACAAGCCUAUCAGUGACUGCUAUGAAGGCUUUGGGGAGAAUUACCAAGGAGAACAGUCAAGGACGAGAUCAAACCUGCCCUGUGCUUCCUGGAGGGACCACAGCAACAGUGGUGAGAGGGGCAUGCUGAUGGCCGGCCUGGAUGGAAGCUACUGCAGAAACCCUGAUAAAGACAAACAUGGUCCCUGGUGUUACACCAACAACUCUGCCAUUCCCUGGGACUACUGUAAUGUAAAACCAUGUGAUGCUUCUCAGAACACCAUUCCACUGGGUGAGCUGUCCUCUGUGGGGUGUUUUGUCCAUAAAAGAACCAGGAUUGUUGGAGGAGGUCCGGUGGGCAUAUCAGACGGCAGCUGGAUGGUCAGCAUACAGAAAGGGUCACAGCACUGGUGUGGGGGUUCACUAAUACGAGAGGAGUGGGUACUCACUGACAGAGAAUGCUUCUCCUCAUGUGUUCCAGACCUCAGUGAGUAUCAGGUGUGGCUGGGAGUCUCAGAUAUUGGUGAAAAUGCCCCUGACUGGUCCAGGAGACAGGAAGUGAACAUAGCUCAUGUGAUAUGUGGUCCUGAGGGCUCCAGUUUAGCCCUCAUAAGGCUGUCUAAGCCUGCCCUCCCUGCAGACAAUGUCCAUACACUUCAGCUACCCGUGGCAGGCUGCUCCAUCCCUGAAGGAACAAUAUGUAAAAUGUAUGGAUGGGGGGAGACAAAAGGCACUGGCCAUGAUGACGUACUGAAGGCGGUCGACCUGCCUAUUGUCAGUAAUGUGAGGUGCAGCGAGAUGCACAGAGGGAACCUCCACAUCACCAACACCAAGAUAUGUGCAGGAGGCAGGAGAAAUGAGGGAGUGUGUGAGAGGGAUUACGGCGGUCCUCUUGUCUGUCAGGAUGGUGAGAUAAGGGUUAUUGUGGGCGUGAGCGUUCAUGGCAGAGGCUGUGCUCGGGCCAACCAGCCUGGCAUCUUCAUCAAUGUGCCCUUCUACGCACAGUGGAUCUACAAGGUCUUCAAAUAUUACCCUAACCCUGAGAUCGUCUAGAGACUCAACAGAGAAUGAAACAGAACCAGGGGACUUGAUCAAACCUAGAGCCUGUACUUUUGUAAAUCAAGCUGUGGACUCAGGACACCUGGUUUUCAUGCUGUCCAUACCUGCAUAGCCCACAAACCAAUAAAAUCUGAUCUGAGCACUCUUAAUAGAUGAAUGCAUGGAGAAACAAUGUGAUUUAAACACAUCAUAAAAACAUACCUUGAGUUGGGAGCAGACCAGGCAAACAUUUGGUUUCAUCAAUUUUUCAUGUUUUCUCUUUUGGUAGCAAAUCCACCAGUGGUAUGUGUGCAUGUGAAUACUCUUGAUUCCUGGUUUUACUUGAAUGUUUUAACACCAAAGUGCAGUGGUUCAGCCGAUCCUUUUGUAGAGUACAUCAAUGGGCCACUUAGAAAACUAUCCAGUGGUAGGGCAAUGUGAAGGGCGCUCUUGUCAAGCUUCAUGCAUCUCCAGGGGGCUUAGAUAGAGUGGUCCUUACUGUACAUAGUAUUUUAAUGAGUGUAUUUGUGACACUCUGGAGGUAAUUUGGGUCUUAUAGAUCUAUAACAAGAGAAAUUAAUGUUGUGUUAGGCAGAUAAAUUAUAUGCUGUACGGAAACACCAAAAUGAACUCCACUUUCAGUAUUUUAAUGUCAUCACAAAGCCACUGACUGUAUAUGAAUGUGCUCUUUGCAUUCUGUGUAGAUGAAAGGAAUUUAUGGCUGUUCAGCUUUAUAGGAAUUGAUUAAAAAAAAGAAAAUGUAACGUGUGUGCACACAGUUUCUUUCUAUACAAAACAAAUAUUUCCCUAAACCUAUGUGUUAAUUCAUUGUGUGUGUCAGCAUGUGUGUAGUUUUCUUGAAGCAGUGUCAGUAUGCAAAAAGAAAACUGCAUAAGAUGUGUUUGUUUGUGUGUGUGGGGGGGUGGGGGGGUAAAGCCUCAGCUGAAUGAAUCAUCUCCCCCCACACUCAACUGCAUAAUGUUUGCAAAAGAAUGAGGAAACAUUUCUGUUUGUAUGUGUGCACUGAAAGAUGCGGCAAGCUGCUAUAUUCUACAGGUUGUACAGUACUGUCUACUGUUCUCUGUAUAAUGUACAUUCAGUAUAAAUUUCAUGUCAUUUUACCCAAUAUGCUAAAUGUUAAACCUAAUUUUAGCAAUUAUUUGAAAUGUUUUAUGAUGUC